AUGACCCCAGUUCUGCAGAAUGACACAGGACUUAAGGCGCCAGAUGACAGCACAAUUAGUACAUUACUCUGCUGUGGAGAAGCCAUCUCUAGACUGCAGUUAAGUGGUGGUUUUAUAGCCUAUGUUGGGGAGCCGGUGGGGCGGGAGGCUCCGGUGGCGGGCGACACGUUCCGGGCGCCGGAGGGCGAGGGAGGCCGGGCCGUCUCCAGGGCUAUGAGGCCCCCGGGAGGAGAGCCGAGCGAUCGUCCAGAAGCAGCCGCACCUCCACGCAGACCUAACAGGAUGGCAUCUAAUAUUUUUGGACCCACCGAAGAACCUCAGAACAUACCCAAAGGGACCAAGCCCCGUGAGGGGAAAGGAAGUGGUAUAUUUGACGAAUCCACGCCUGUGCAGACUCGACAGCGUCUGAACCCCGCUGGUGGGAAGACCAGUGACAUUUUUGGCUCCCCAGUCGCUGCUGCUUCACCCAUGGCACACCACGAACCCAAGGACCACGUGUUCCUGUGUGAGGGAGAGGACACACCGGACCUCAGAGCCGCGGCCAGCGCCUCCCCCAGACAAGAGCCGGGCGCGCCAGGUGGCCCGGGAGGAGCAGCCCGCGCCCAGCAGCCGGCGCCCGCCAUCGGCAGCCGUGAGCCCAGGCUGCGCCCGAGGCCUCGCUCCCACAACAAAGUCCUGAACCCGCCUGGAGGCAAGUCCAGCGUCUCCUUCUACUGA